UGAUGUUGAGGAUGUUGUAGACGACCUUAUAUUCGAAGUAGCAGCACAGGGAAGGUGAAAUCAGAUAUCUUGUGGCAUAUCAAACUUAUCAAACGACAACCAGCUCAGCCCUUGCCUAGCCUUGUGAAAUCUUGAAAUGUUCAGUUAUACCAAAAUAAGCCAUGAGAAGCCAGACAUGAUUGAGAAGCUCUCUGCCUCGCCUGAGUUGCUUGGCAUGGUAAUUCCAUCGACACUGGUUUGCAGCAUAACAUAGCAUCUCCACCCACACAUGACUCAUCAUCUCCCAUUUCUUUUCACUCUCACAUUGCUCCUCUGUCUCCAGGGAUUGCAGGAACUUAGCUAGCCUGCAGGCAUCAAAUUUCGCAGACUUGUUUCUAUCUCCUUUCAUUUCCAAGGGUAGAAUUUCAGUGCUAACUUGAAGCAACUUUUCACUAGCUUGGAUUCUAUCUGUUACAUACUUCCUAUCCUGAAAAAACUCCAUGGCCUCAGCACAGCUGUCUAGGAAUCUGAACUGUCCAAUUCGAUUGGGUAGCAUGAAGGGACACAUUACCAGCAGAUAUAGCAUAUAAUCCAAUAGCAACUUGCAUGCUUCCCAUUUUGAGUUCUUGACAGAGAUUGAAUUUUUCUUUAGAUCACUAUAGUAGAAGAGAUCAGUUGCAAUGUACCAGAGAAGGAUGCUGUCAUCUUAUUCUACCUCAAUGCUCCAACCAAAUUUAUUGAAACAGUCCAUUUCUCCAAGUACCUGAUCAGCUUGAUGAGCACAUAAUUGCUUACAUGCCUUGAUGUCUGAUGCACUUCUUGAUUUAUCUAGAAGUUGUUCAAAGAUAAUCUUCUGAAAUCUGGGGAGACAACAUUAUAACUCUUGUAGUGACGCUCUCCUAGCAUUUGAUAAAUGUGAAACAGCUUUUGAACUCCAAGGAACUUGAUGGGCUUUUCUUCGAGGCAGAAACCUAUUAGAUUGUAUUGUGCCAUGGAGUCGGGCCAUCUCUUCCUUGAAGAAACAGAAUACAAAAUUAGCAACAAGAGAUGGGCCUGUAGAUGAGAUCUGCAACCAUGGUUCUAUAUAGCUGAUUCUAAUAGACCCAUAACCAACCAAAGGAUAGCAUAAAUGAUUUCUUCUUUACUUGGAACUGUAAAUGAAAAUGAAGAAACAAAUCUACUUGCAGGUUCUGCUAUAUAGCUGAUUAAUAAAAAAAUACCCAUAAGCCGACUAUAAACUAUUGAGUAUAGUUUGCAGUCUUUGUCAAACUUGAAUCUGUUUCUGGGCUUUGGGUUUUGGAUUGAUUUGUUUAAUUAUGUUAGGUUAGAUUUAAAUGAUUAAUGAAAGUUCGGGGAAGAUUCUGUCAUUUCAUUUCCCAAAACAUGCUCUAUUCUUUCUCUCUCCCAUUUUCUUUCUUUCUUUUAUUUUAUUCUCCCACCAGACUACCAUUAUCUGCUGUACCAUUCAUUUACCCAUCAUUUCCACAUUUACAGUAGAGUUUUAGGGCACCAAUAAUUUCCUCCUUUCCCCUCCACCGCAUUCUCCUUAUCUACAAGAUAAGAUUUGCAGUUCCAAGUUUCACACAUUGUGGCAGCUAUAUUUCUCAGUUCAAUUUGUGAGAAGAAGAUGGUGUUGUGGUAUCGUAGAGAAUCCAUGGUGGAGAGCAUUCUCUCAAGGGCAGCAAAGAAACUCUCUUUUCUUCUUAUUCAACAACCAGGCCUUCUAAGUGGAAUUGAAGACGAUGUGAAUUGGAUCUACUUGAAAAUAACUUCUUGGGUUAUGGAUCAUAGAGCCUUUGACCGUGGCUUCAUGGAGCCUUCAAGGGACAUUGCCUAUGAUGUAGAGGAUGUCAUUGACGACCUCACACUAAAACCAGCAGCACGGAUGAGCAGAGGAGUCCGCAAGAAGCUGGAGAAGAUCAAGGUCAAGGUCUAUGAUGUCAGUAGAAGACCAGUUCCUUGCACCAUGAUAGAAACUGAAACAGUAGAGAAUCAGAACAUAGCCAAUACCGUUGUUUCCCCUGUUAUAGAGAAAGUUACAGCUCUUUUAGCUAAGGGUUUGCUUCGAUCCCAAGUAAAUUCAAAUUCAUGAAUGGGUUUCUUGAAGAUCUAGAAUCAGUAGAGGUAGAUGAAAAGGGAAUGGAAUGGUUGGAGGAACUCUACAUUGUUUCUUGUAAUGUAGUGGAUGUAAUUGACUUCAUCAGUGGAAGGGAACAGUUUAGAAGGAGGGGAACUUUUAGGAAAGUAAUCACAGGCUUUGACAAAUUGAGGUUUCAACUUCGUCUAGGCGGGGAGAUGGAUGAGAUCAAUGCUAGGAUCGAGGAUCUUUCCAAGAGGAGGAUGGAAGAGAUCAAUGAUAGGAUGAUGGAGGAUCUUUUGAAGAGGAGGCCAAAAGAUGUCAUCAGAGAUGCUAGAAAUGGAGAGCAAGGGAUUGAGAGAUGGUUCCCACACAGACAGUUGUGGGAAUGCAAGGCAUUGGCAAGACAACCUUAGCAAAGUUAGUCUACAAUAAUGAUGCUGUUGUUGAUCAUUUCCCUUAUCGUGCUUUUGUGUCUUGUAACUAUAAGGAAGCUCUCGAGGUCAUAGCUAAACAAAUGGGCAUUCCAAGUUCAUGGAAAGAAGACAACAGAAGCAAUGUAGAAAAAGCAGAAGUGGAAGGGUUAUGGUCUGAAGAAGGCUCUUGGUCACAAAGAGUGAAGUCGAUGCCUUUAAAAACUUUCUUGAAGGAUAAGAAGCAUGUUAUAGUUUGGGAUGACAUAGAAAUGGAUGUUGGCUUGAAGAUCUUGCUUAGCAAACUCCCAAAAACAUCAAAUGGGAGUCGGAUGAUCUUGAUCACUCGAUAUGAAAGGGGACUUACAGAUCUACAGAAGAAGGGCAUUCAUCUAACACUGCAAUUACGUGAUGAUGAUGAGAGCUGGGCACUGUUUAAGCAUAUUUUGAAGAUAGACAUGCCCCAAGGACUGCUAUAUCUUAGAAGAGACAUUGUGACUACAUGCUGUGGGUUGCCACUUGCCAUAAAAAAACUAGCAGAUAUUCUGUCAUGUAAGGACACAACCACUGAGGAGUGGUCCAGUGUUCUUUAGCAGCUCAAUAGAGACUAAGAAUUUUGGUCUCCCACCCUGUAUAGAAUUAAUAAUGAUUUGCCCUUGCAUAUGAAACGAUGUCUCUUGGAUUAUUUCCUCAGAACUUUGAGAUCCCAGCACGAAGAUUGAUUGUAUUAUGGGUUGCAGAGGGCUUGGUGCAUCCAAUGGAGGAGAAAGAAGCUCCUGAAGAUGUAGCUGAGAGGUACUUGACAAUGUUGAUAGGCCAGUGCCUGGCUCUCAAGUGAUAAAGAAGAAGCUCGAUGGAAAAGUUCAGGCAUGUCGCCUGCCUGAUCCUAUAAGACGACACUGGUUUUUGAAAGCCAAGGAAGCUACAUUUCUUCGGGGUCAUAAGAACCCAUGGCCAUCUAAGAUUUAUUCGGGCACUGGUAUGGUCCGUCGUCUUGCUGAUCAUCUUAAUAAAGGAGAUGACAGCUUUAAUCAAAUUCAUGGUGACCAAAUACUUCUUCUAUUUUUCUGCGAUCUCAGUAUCAAGAUACCAUCUCCUUCUUAUCAUUUGAUACUCGAGAAGGAAGCCAACCAGGAGAAGACAUAGGAAACUUUCUUCAUCAAUGUAUUUCUAACAGUUGCUUUCUGUUGCUGCGAGUGCUUGGUCUUGAACUGGUGUACCAACCUAAGUUGCCUGAGGCACUGGAGUUGCUAACUCACUUGAGGUACCUUGGCUUAAGGAAAACAAAGCUGGAUAUGCUUUUGCCAUCAGUUUGCAAGUUACUAAACCUCCAAACACUGGAUGUGAAGCAUACUCGUAUCAGAACUCUUCCUAAUUCUAUUUGGGAGAUGCAGCAACUGCGACACUUAUACUUGAGCGAGAAUUACUACAGUCAGUUUAUGCCUCAACCAAGCACCAACUCUCUAACCACACUCCAAACACUGUGGGCCUGUUAGUAAAUGAGGAGACUCCAGUGAAGGAUGGCUUGGACAGGUUGAUCAAUCUAAGAAAAUUGGAAGUGGCGUUCCAGUUAACAAAUUCUCAGCACGAGGCAAUGUCUUCACAACUGGAUGCAGUGGCUGAGUGGGUUCAAAAUCUGAACCAUCUUCAAUCUUUAAGGCUGAAAGUAUCUGAUGAAAAGAAUCAACCUUGGGAUCUAGACUUGAGGCCUUUGUCUGGUCAUGUGAAUCUCUGAAGAGUUUAUUUGCUCGGGCGGUUAAGGAACCCAUGUAUGGUUUCCAAAUUCCCACAAAACCUCACUGACCUUACCCUGUCAUGGUCAGAGUUAACAGAAGACCCAAUGCAAACAUUGGAUAAGCUCUCCAACUUAAGAGUUCUUAGGUUAUUGCACAGAUCCUAUAUAGGGAAACACAUGCUUUGCACAUUAAGAGGCUUUCAAGAGCUUCGAGUUCUAAAACUAUGGGUGCUGGAAUGACGAGAGGAGUGGAAUGUAGAGAAACGAGCGCUACAAGUUCUUAGAGAACUAGAGGUUAGGUCCUGUAGAAGGUUGAAGACCCUCCCUGAAGAAUUAAGGCAGGGGAUUUUCCUGAAAGCAGAGUUCAAUAGGUAGGAUUAGAUCAAGGGAAAUCAAAGCCAAGAUUGUCAUGAGACUGCACACAAUUCCAGCUCUGCAAUCUGCCUGUUUGCUUUUGCCUAUGAUAUCACUGCUUAUAUGGCUGUAUCUAGAUUGGAUGUAGUAAGGAAGCAAUGGCUGUCUCCACCUUUCUUAUCUCCUGUCUUUUUGAGCUUUGUUUUGUCCAUUAGUGGUUAAAAUAAAAAAAAUGUAAUCAUUUGAAAUUGGGUUUCUGCCCCUUUUGCUUGCAAUAUGAUUGUUACAGUUAAUGCAGCUUUUCUUA